AAAAGGCAGAAGUGCAAGCGGUUGGUGGCAAACAAUGUCGUGACAGAGAGCGUUGGAGGUAUGCAGGAGAGAAUGGCAGCAUACUUGAUUUAAAUGCUACACAUAUAGCUGUAAGAAGGACAGAGGACUGAUUCAAGUUGAUCAGAAGAUACAGAUUAUUUAAAAUCAAGUGAAUCUUUGGAUAUUGACUACUGCUGAAAUAUGGGUGAGUCCAGUAUGUGCCAGGUGAGGUCGACAGUCAUGCUGUAUGAUGACAACGGCAAGCGCUGGGUGCCAGCAGGAUCUGAUCCUGCUUCCAUCAGUCGCGUCCACAUCUAUCACAACCCUGCAGUCAACAGCUAUAGAGUGGUGGGCCGCAAAAUGCAGGCUGACCAGCAGGUGGUGAUCAACUGUCCCAUUAUCAAAGGGAUGAAGUAUAACCAAGCCACACCCAACUUCCACCAGUGGAGGGAUCCCAAACAGGUGUGGGGGCUGAACUUUGGCAGUAAGGAGGACGCUUCACUUUUUGCCAGCUGCAUGAUGCAGGCUUUAGAGUCUCUCAACGCAGCGGCGGGCGCAGGCUCAGCUCAGAAUGGACCCUCAGCACAGGAACUGGAAGAGCAGAGAAGGCAGGAGCGUCAGAGGCAAGAACAGCAGGAGAGGGAGCGUCUGGAGAGAGAGAGGAAGGCCUCAGCUGCUCCUCCUGCUCCACCAGCCGCUCCGCCAGCCCCACCCGCUCCGCCAGCACCCCCACCACCUCCAGGUCCACCCCCCUCCUCAGGAGCAUGUCCUCCACCUCCACCACCUCCUCCUGGGGGCAUUCCAGCUGCACCACCUCCACCCCCUGCUGGGGGAGGAGGAGGUGGAGGUGGUGGAGGUGGUGGAGGUGGUGGAGGGGCAACUGAUCUGGCUGCAGCUCUGGCAGGAGCCAAACUGCGUAAAACAAAAAAGACAGAUGAUGGUGAAGGAGGAGCCUCGAGCCCCAAACCAUCUGGUGGAGGUGGAGGUGGAGGUGGAGGAGGCAAUUUAAUGGGAGAAAUGAGUGCCAUUCUUGCGAGGAGGAGGAAAGUUGCUGAUACCCCUGCUGCAAAGAAGGAAGAGCCUCGAAGUGAAGAUUCUGAUUCCCCAGCAACAAAAGGACCAGGUGAAACCAAUGAAAAGCCCUGGGAAAAAUCUGCCACCAUACCAAGGCCCAAAACCAUGCCCACCAGUCAAAGGGACUCCUUCCCAAGUCCCAGUGGCUCCUCCUCUCCCUCCUCUAACACGCCUACUACCCCAGUGUCCAGGAUGAAGCUGGCGAAAAAGAACUCAGAAAGUGCAGGAAGUGAUGGAGUUGAUAUGGAAAAACUCAAACAGGAAAUUCUUGAAGAAGUAAAAAAAGAGCUUCACAUAGUGAAGGAGGAGAUAAUCACAGCACUGAUCCAGCAGCUACAAAGUGCUCAGCUCAAGGAUGAAGAGAUUUGAAAGACUGAAGAAUGGAUCGAGAGAAUAUGAAUGCUUUAUGAUACAAUGCUCAGGCAAUUUACAUGCUAUUUAGCCAAUGGAAAUGGUUAGGUAUUUUUACAAAAUGCAAAUUAUGAUAUAUAAAUACAUUUGUUUGUAUUUAUUAUGGUAUAUUCUUUGUAUUUUCCUGUGGUACUUGAAGUCACCAAUAUUGAUAUCUGAGCCAAAUCUGCUAUUCUUUUUUUGAUGAACAUAAAACAUACAGAAAUAUUUCAAUAAGAAUACCUUCAGUUUUAGUAGUCUUCAGGUUGAUUGCAACAUCCUUCUGUCUCCCUACUGUCCUUUUUCCUUGUUGGCACAUACAUUGGUGGUAGAUAUGAUAACACAAAUACACAACACAAAAAAAAUGUAAUAACAUACAAUACCCCACAAUAAAUACAUGUGAAGCUUUUAAUGUGCUGUUUGAUAACUACAACACAGUGGAGAAAUACAGCACCACAAUAUUUGGCUUCAAAAUAUUAGAAAUGAAUCAACACCUUUCUGAACACAAACCAAGCAAAAAAAAACCCACAUGUAUGUCAAACAUGAAUAAAUGAACAUACAUCAAUUGUGUUU